UGUAAGAAUUCGUACGUUUCUUGCGAUCGAUGCCUACUUGGGGGCAUCUUCCAGUGCACCGAGGACUCGCAGUGUCGUCGGACUUAUCUCAGUCAACGCGAUCUACAGGCCCACAUCAACCACCGCCACAAACCCAAGUCCACCACUGGAGCUACAGCCGCCGCACCAGUCGCGGCAACUACAACGAAAACUAACGCGGUGCUCUCCGUUUCCUCGACCCCACAACCACUUCCCGCCUCCGCAACUGUCGUUCCGCCCUCCUUCUUUGUCUCACCACCUACAAAUUUUAGCAUCCCACCUCCGCCCUUCCUCUCCACCCCUCCUUCUUCAGUAGCACCGCCUCCCGCAAAUGCACUCCUCGUCUCUCCAUCUCUGUCUCAGCAACUGUCACAUCGAGUUGCUAGCAGCGGUAGUGGCGAAACCAGUGGCAACGAUGUGUCCAACUCGGCAGCUACCAUCGCUGUCCUUGCUGCGGCCAUUCAAGCUAACCCUUCGACCGUCGGUUUGAAUGUUAGUCGUUGCAAUAUCUUUGUUAAUGCGAAUACGGGAAGUUGA